UAUGCAUUAUUUUCUCUGACACAGAACAGCAUACCACCCUAGCCAUGCUGACAAGGCAGUGUCGCUCUGCCUCUCGUUGCCACAUGAAAAACAAUUACAAUGCCAAAAGGAUUUGGGUGUGCAACUGUCAUAAAAACAACAGGUCACUUGGCUGAUCUAUUGACUCAGUACAAGAAAUGAUUAUUCAAAUAUUUCCAGUUUGUGUAAUGAUGCUGCCAAUAGCAGAUUGGAAGCUGAUUGUCUGUCCCAGGAGCAAAUUCUGAAGAAAGAAGAAACGGUGGGUUUCAGAUCGACUGCUGGUUGAGAUCCACCAGGAUGGAGAUUGCUACAACAUUUCGCUACUAUUUCCAGCACCCGUGGUCUCGUCUAGUUGUGGCCUAUCUUGUAACUUUCUUUAACUUUCUGUUAUUUGCUGAGGAUCCUAUUUCACACAGCCAGACUGAGGCUCAUAUGAUUGUUGUGGGCAACUGCUUCUCCUUUGUUGCAAACAAGUACCCUGGAGGAGGAUGGAAUUUCUUGAAAGUGGUGCUAUGGCUACUUGCCAUCAUCACAGGCCUGUUCGCUGGGAAAUUUAUCUUUCACCAACAACUGUUUGGUCGGUUUCUGAGGCUGAAGGUGUUCCGAGAGGAUCACGGCUCCUGGAUGACCAUGUUUUUCAGCACCAUUCUCUUCUUGUUCAUUUUCUCUCACAUUUACAACAUCUGCCUCCUGAUGGCAGGAAACAUGGGCCCGUUCAUUGUGACAGAGUACAUGGGAAUGAGGAAUGAAAGCUUCAUGAAAGUUGCAGCCGUAGGAACCUGGAUGGGGGAUUUUGUCACUGCGUGGAUGGUGACGGAUAUGAUGCUCCAGGAUGAACAUUAUCCAGACUGGGGAAAAGCUGCCAGAACCUUUUGGAAAAGAGGGAACAACAGAAUUCUGCUCUUCUGGACGGUACUGUUUUCUCUGACAUCCGUAGUGGUUCUUGUCAUCAGCACUGACUGGAUCAGCUGGGACAAUUUAAACCGAGGAUUUCUGCCAAGUGACGAGGUCUCCAGGGCAUUCCUUGCUUCUUUCAUCCUGGUGUUUGACCUCCUUAUCGUCAUGCAGGACUGGGAGUUUCCUCACUUCAUGGGGGAUUUGGAUGUGAACCUGCCUGGAAUGUCUACCACCCAAGUAAAGCUGAAGCUGCCUGUCUGUAAAUGUAUUUUCAAAGAAGAAUAUCAUAUACACAUUACAGGGAAAUGGUUUAAUUAUGGAAUUAUCUUCCUUGUCUUGAUUUUGGAUUUAAAUAUGUGGAAAAAUCAGAUAUUUUACAAGCCUUAUGAAUAUGGUCAGUACGUUGGCCCUGGUGAGAGAAUCUUUACCGUUGAAGACCCUGACACCUUGAAAGAGUUUAAUGAGACCACUCUGACUUGGGAAUGGAGAUCCACCAACAUCGAUCUGAAAACCAACAAGAUCUACAGUCAAAACGAUAUGUUUUUGCACAGCAGGUAUACAGGAGCCAGCCUUGGUGUCAAGUGUCUGGCUUUUAUUCCUAGCCUGGCAGCUUUUGUCUUGUUUGGAUUCUUCAUUUGGCUCUUGGGGCGAUUUCGGAAGAGUGACCAGGGCAUGGAGAACAAGGAUAAAACCUAUGAAAGGAUAAAAAGAAAAUCUCCAUCAGAGUAUAGCAAAGACAUGGGGGUGACUCCAGAGGAGGCCCAUGUUACAAUGAAGGAUGGAUUAAAUAAGAAUACACCCAUGUUACUUUCUGUGGAGACUCACGUUAUUGGAUCUAGUAGGUCUAUCUCCCCUUCAUCAACGGAAACACAGGAGUCUCAGCCUACUGUUGCCUGUAAAGGUGAAACGCCAACAGAGACAGUUGUCUCCAAUGAUGUCUCUAACCCUUCAACCUAAUCCAGACACAUUUUGACUAAAGAAUACCUUUCUGACAAACUCCACUGUUCCCAAGUUCUUGUCGUUUUAUUUUGCCUUUAUUCACAAGAGAGCUUAAUAUUUGUGCAUCUUAAAUGGUAUCUGUGUGGUAGGCUAGCAAUAGCAGAACUAGAACUGAACAAGGUUAAUACAUAUUAUGAGAAACAAAUAUGCUGUAACUACUGAUAGAUUCCUACUAUAGUAGCACAUUUUUUCAUUGACAUGUU